CUGCUUCUGGUCUGAUCUUUGAUUUAUGCAAAUGAUAAUGAAUAUUUUACUUCUGAAUGUGGUUUGUGCUUGUUUAAUACUUUAGGCUUUAAAACAUCAAAAAAAUAGUUAGAAAACCUUCUAAAUUAUUAAUUUUAACUGAUAUGACAGAAAACCAAAGUAUAGAUCCGCAGAUAGAAGACUUCAUUAACGCCGAAACGCAAAAACAACGUUUCCAGGUGUUGGUUCACGGUCUUACCGACACAUGCUGGGACUCCUGCAUGGGGCGGCCCUCGACGCGGAUAGAUUCUAAAACGGAAGUAUGCAUUAUGAACUGCGUUGAGCGCUUUAUUGACGCAACCACAUUCAUUACGAAACGUUUGAUGAACACUACUAAAUACCGUUCGGACGCCCCGCUAGAAUUCUAGCAACUGACUGUUUAUUUUUGGUACUUAAGGACUAAAUAGAACUAAACAUGUUCUCCAGUGUAAGAAACUUUUUGCACCGACACAGGAGGAAGUUUAUAGUAACUGGUGCAGUAUUCGGUGGCCUGUACUUAUUAACAAGUUACGCUCAAAAAAAAUUGCGGGAAUGGCAAGAAAGAGAAGCAAAAAAGUUUUUUGAGAUGACUCGCAAAAAGCAGCACUUUGAAAGCACUGAACGGACUUGUAAUCAAACAAUUCUGUCUUUGUCUAAAAUUGUCACAGAUAAUAUUUUGAGUUCUAUAGACACUGAAAGAAUUGUUCUAGAGUUGCAGGAGAACCCAGAAAACAAAUUGGCUCUGUGGGAACAAAUGAAAAUAAUGAUUUUCACUAGAAUCUGUGUCAUUGUGUAUGCAUUGACCAUACUGCAAGUGACAUUGAGAAUUCAACUCAAUAUAAUUGGAGGAUAUCUAUAUAGAGACUCUGUAUGUGAGGAGGAACCUCUUAUUGACAGUGAUCUACAAGCUAAAUACUUAUCUUUAUGCCACCAUUUUGUCAGCCAAGGCAUUGAAGAUUUUGUAAAACAAAUUGAACAAGCAGUCAAACGGGUUGUAGAGCCAGUAUCAUUGAAAAAGAAAAUAACAUUACAAGAAGUAGAACAAAUGUUCUGGUCCAUACAAACUAUUUUAUGUACUGAUACAGUACAAGGAGAUCCAGUAAAGAAAAUGGUGCACUAUUUAGUGGGUCACACUGCUACCACUAAUGACUCAAAACUGGAUACAAUAGUAAAAGAAACUAUGGAUGUAUUGGAAAGUGAUGAGGUCACCUCAAUAGCUAUGUCCUCGAUUGGAAGAAGUUUCUCAUCUGUUAUUGAUGAAGUGGCAAAUUUGUUUGCAACCAGGUCAGUUCCAAUUACUAAGAACCAUUUGGAAGUAGGAGAGGGUCAUGUGGUCACAAAUGGAGCUCUAAGGCUGGGUACAAGUCCCAGUCCAUUCGUAGAUGUAAAUAAAGUAGAAUUGCAUUUUGUUAAAAUUUUACCACUGAUCAAUGAACUGAUCACUAAGAACACAUGCAAGGGUAAUACUAACAUUCCAGAUUUAUUAACUCAACAGUUAACCCUCAAUGACAAGUUAAAAUUGUUGGGUGCAAAUAUUUAUGAAGUAUUCAGUAGUUCCUAAAUAAUUUCAUGCUGCUCUAAAUAUGGAAUCGGAUAUGGUUGGGUUUCCGGGUUUGUUUUUUAAAGUUAUUGUAGUAAUAGUGGCUAAAUGGUUCUCUCACAGAUAUUAUAAUGUGAUGUUUUCAUGCAAAUCACAGGUAUCUUUUUGCAUAUUGUCAUUAUGGACUUUUUCUAAUUAAUUCCUCAUUCAAUGCCUGUAGUGUCACAUUGACAUGGUAAUGCUUACCUAAGAAUGACUCAUUCAAAUGGUUUUUCACCGCUAAAUGACAAAAAAUGUUUUGUUCAUACUUUAGAAUCUAGUUUUAAUAAUGUAUAAUUUAUUGACUGCUAGACUUUGAACAAUAUUUAUUUCAUUCAAUAUAUCACUUGAUUUUGACCAUGACUAAUAUCUACUUGAAUAAUGGAUAAGAUAUUUGUAUAUCUGUAAUGAUAAGGGGGAAAUAAACAUACAAUUGGAACAAU